AUGGGAUCAUCCACUUCAACAUCUGUUCGUACAACACCAAAAUCCACUUUCCAAAGCAUCGACUGCACUACACUUCAACCAUCUGAUGAACUUUACACUAUUGAACCAGAGAAGUAUGAGAUCACAGUCACUCGCAAGAGCAAAACGCCACACUCUUUCCCGAAGUUGCUCAGGUCUUCUUCUGAUGUCACCAUCUUAGAGUCACUCCAUCAAAGCAUUAAAAAGUCAAAAACAAAGGGCAUCACCCCAUUCUCAAAAAUGAAACCCGUCACUCCAAAGUAUAAAAACCCCGCCGAGGAUGUCGACGAGUUCUUUUUUAACAGACAAGAGCAGUUUCUGAAACAAUUGCUUUUCAAAACAAACAAUGAGAGAUUUGAGACGCUGUUUAACAGUCAACUGGCAACGGAGGACGCCAGAGAAUUCAUUAGUAGAGUCGCAGGAUAUCAAAAACUCGUCUUCAUAUUCAUCUCUCAACAAAAUGACGUCUUUGGGUUCUACCACGAAGACGCUAUAGAAACAAAGGCAAACGUCGAACAAAUCAAUUCGUCGUCAAAAAGAUUCUUCUUGUUUGGGAUGAAAAAUCAGUGGGACGAGGCGCGCUUUUAUGACCGCAAAAGUCUCGGUGCAGAAAAGUCCGUUUCGAUCUAUGCAAACAACAAAAAGAUGUUUAUCUCGUGCUUCUCGGCCUUUUGGAUCGAACACAAUGGCGAUGUCAAUUUUAACGUCUGUCUGAAGAAUUAUUAUAAUGUACCAGCCAAUCUGUCUAAUCCAUUAACGGGAAGAACUACCGGAGAGAAAGUUAUCUGUGAUAGAAUAUUAGUUCUUCGAGCCUUAUAA